AUGGACAACUUGCUCGGCAGCCCCCAGAUCCCCCCUUCGCCCGUAGUCAAACUGCAAUACCACGGUGCAGUCUACGACAACUCGAUCCGUAUCCUUCCCGGCACUGACAACAAACAGCUCUCCGACGAUGCAAGGAAUGUCGCGAGCUUUCCUCAAUCCGUACCGAUUUCGUUGCUCCGUUUGGAUCGUGGCGGUGAACUCGUUACCGACCCCCGACUCUUGAACGAUGGUGAACUUAUCGAGAUUAUGGAGGGCACUCCUGACGAUGCCAGCGUGGUGGCACGCAUGACAGAGCUGAACAGCAGCCUGAAUCGCGAUGGACCCAACCACAAGACCAAGACCCAAUCCGUCAAGGGCACCCUUCAAUUCCUGCACAUCGUCGAAAAGCUCAAGCGCACAAAGAGAACAGGAUGGGUCAACAACGGGAUCAAGCCUGCAGAGUCGAUCGCAGACCACAUGUACAGGAUGGGCAUCAUGGCCAUGUUGAUUGACGAAAAGACGGCCGGCGUGAACAAGGACAGGUGUAUCAAGAUGGCGAUCGUGCACGAUCUUGCCGAGAGUCUUGUCGGCGAUAUUACUCCCUAUGACGGCGUCACUAUCGAGGACAAGCAUACUCAGGAGAGGAAUGCGAUGCAUCACCUUUGCCGCGAAUUGCUGGGAUGGAGCGACCAGGCACAGGAGAUCUCUGGACUCUGGGAGGAAUACGAGGCUGCUGCCACUCCUGAGGCUCUCUUGGUCAAGGACUUUGACAAGUUUGAGAUGAUCAUGCAGGCUCUCGAAUACGAAAAGUCCGAAGAUGUGACGUUGGAGGACUUUUUCGCAGGAACGCGCGGCAAGUUCAAGCAUCCUAUGGUCACAGGAUGGGUCGAUGAGUUGGAGGCCGAGCGUGCACAACACCGUGCCAUCAAGUCCUAA